UAAACAGUAUCAUCAAACUAAUCUGUUUGAGGAAACACACGUGCUGCUGGCCCCCAAAGCGCCACCUGGUGGAUGUUUACAGUGACUCACUCGUAUUUCCUUUGGCGAGGGCGGUUCUGCAGCGGCGAUGUCGCCAAGCCAAAUCUUACAGCCGUGCUGCUUUUAUGACAGAGUUUAAUUACAUACAAUAGCUAUGUAUAUUUAUAGUUAGCCCAGAGUGUGUGCGGAGUUUGCUUGGAAUAAUAGACCAAAUUCAAUGCACAAAAACGGGCAUUUAAAAGAAGUUGACAUAUGUGCCAGUGUGUCCGUUUCGUGUCGUUCUCAAAGGUUUUGUGCGCAAAAUAUCGUAAGUAAGUCAAAAUGUGUUUGGCGGCAAAUCUUGUGUUAUCGAUGCAGAAUAUUUCGUUUUUGUGGCAACAUACAGUAGCGGUCAGAGAUUUGGAGAUGCUUUGUCAUUGAAUCGAAUGAGAAGUGCUUUUGACCGUCGCUUUGGAGGUCACGUUGCUCUUUCGUUGGCGACCACUUUGUGUCUCUUUGGUCAACCCAGCUACUUAGGCACGCGUGCCACCACGGUAUCUGUCCUGCAUGAUGUUUUUGGGGAUUACAUGAGUUUGUCCUGCCUGGUGGAUGUUGACUUCUGGUGGCUUGCUGACAGAUGAGAGGAUUUGUCAGCCUUAAGCCAUACACAGUGGAGAAGGGUGACGGGGAGGAGACAAGCCGGGUGUGCUUUUGGGGGUGGACACACUCGCUUUGUAUGCAGGAGACCAGCCGCACAGCCACGCUGUCACUCUCGAUCCAGAGACUCACUCCGGAGCUACCAUGCGGGAUUAAGAUUUGCAAAGAUGGAGAAGAGAAGGCCGGCCAAGUCUCGGAUGCUCCAUUGAGUUUGUGUCCCAUGCGCUCGGUUUGCAAUGCGCACGUGAGCGAACGCUACCGCCCCGUCCCCAUGCCCGCCGCCAUGCUCCCGUGCCCUUCGCCGGCCGGGUUCAACUGGAGCUUCCAGAACCCGGUGGGAGUGGAUUGCAGCUCCCCCGAGCCUCGCUGCAUAUGGGUGGCGGUGCUGCGCGGCAUCACCGGGCCGCCGCCAGUCAUGCCUGUGGGACGCAGCCACAUCGCCUAUCAGGCGAAAGGGCGAAGGGAUGGUCUCUCGUCGCCCUCCGCCGACAACAACCCCCGGCCACCGAUGGCGUCGCGGCCGGGCAGGGAGGGCAUCAGCGGGGCGUGGAAGGGCCCACGCACGCUGGUCCUCCGCAAGAACUCGCAGGGUUUCGGCUUCACGCUGCGGCACUUCAUCGUUUACCCGCCGGAGUCCACCCUGCACACCACCCUCAAGGAUGAGGAGAACGGCAACGGAAAGGGUUACCAGAAAGGCCGACUGGAGCCGAUGGACACCAUCUUUGUGAAGAAUGUGCGGGAGAAAGGUCCCGCUCACCAAGCGGGCCUUUGUACGGGUGAUCGUCUGGUCAAGGUGAAUGGCGAAAGCGUGCUGGGAAGGACUUACUCACAGGUGAUCGCCCUCAUCCAGAACAGUGAGAGCGUGCUGGAGCUCUCUAUUAUGCCAAAGGAUGAAGAUGUGCUUCAGUUGGUAAGUGCGUACUCCCAAGAUGCCUACCUGACUGGCAACGAGCCUUUCUCGGGGGGAGCAGAGAACCUCCCGCCACCGCCGCCCCUCUGCUACCCUCGCGCCAAGACCAUGUCGCCCGCGGGCGCUCCCCCGCCUGCCCCCAUGGGCCAGAACCAGCUCGAUAAUUGGAGUCGCUGGCCCGGUUCCCCGAGUCUCUCCUCGCCCCUGGACAACCGCUCCACCGUGUGCAGUCCUGCCGGUUGGCAAGACGGACGCUCGGUGGAGCUGGGCGGCGUGGGUCACGGCAGCCCGGCCCACCGCACUGAUGAGAUUCAGUACGGCAUGACCAGGCAGCAGCCUCAGGGGCAAACCAGGGGGCGCUCCUACUCGUCGUCCUCCUCAUCAGGGGGUCCAUUAUCCAGCCCGUUACAGGUCCACUACCCCAAUCACCACCAUGGCGGCAACUCCACGCAGGCCCAGCCGCGCAAGUCCGGCGGCUCGGCCUGGACCGGCCCGCCGCCGCCGCCUCAUCUCGAUCACGGCCAAAGCGAGCGUCGCCAGCAGGCGCUCUCGGAAUGGUACCACAGCCAAGUGCCGGAACGCUCUGGACGCAACAUGCAGGCGCGCCAACGUAGCUACUCGCAGGACCGCCUCAGUGAGUCUUGGAGGCAUCCGCAUCCGCAGCGGGCGGGCGGCUGGCCGCACAGCGCCUCACAGGACACUCUGAUGUUGGCGCAGCGGUCGGGACUUGGGCCCCACGGAGAGCCCUACUGGUGUGGAGAGUGGGGUCCCGAUGGGGGCCAUCCUGCCUCCGGCUACACUAGGACACGCUCCGAAAACCUGCUGGUGCAGUUUGAUAGCCACGGACGCUCAUUAGAGAUGCUGGACCGAGCCUCCGCCGGACUGGUCUCUCCUCGAUGCGAGACGUGGAACCAACCUCCCAAGCCGCCCCCGAGAACUGAUGUCCACCAGAGGCACGGUGGGCCGUACCCUGCGACGCAAGCCCCUCAGAAACCCCGACACUCGCUGUCACACUCCAAACACCCGACGCAGACCCAUUCCCCACCCCAACCUCAGCAGGCCCCCGCUAAGAGCAGGCGGCUUCCUCCGGGCCAAAGCAUGGACGACCAGCCGGUGGGCUACCGCAGCUACAGCCCCUCCUUCUACCGUAAGACGGGCCGCAUCAUGCAGCAGGCUCAUUCUUUCAGGGACCCUUCAUACUCCGGGCCUCACUUGAACUGGAACACGACCCCAAAAACCAGCCCGCCAGAGGGGGCGCCGGCUUCUUCAGCCGCCACCCCGCCGGUUUCCGCCUCGCCCGAAUCCCAGGAGAGAGCGUACAGGCCCACCAACCACGAGCGGGGGUCAACGGAGGUGCCGGUGCAGACACAAGAGGUGGUGAUGCGCCAAAAGCCUCCCAGCGGACGCAGGAACGCCCACGGCAUGCGGCACCCUCACUACGCGCUGCCCAUGGAUGGCCUGGAGCCCUCCUUGUUUUCACCCGAACCCCCAGACUCGGCGACCACGUCAAGCUCUUCCGGAGACGCGGUUCCGUUUAAGGCCAAUGGCAACCUCGUCUCCCUAGAGGACGAUUCGCUGGCGUCCAUCCCCUUCAUUGAUGAGCCCACCAGCCCCAGCGCCGACUUGCGCGCCCGCCACGUGCCGGCGUCCUCUGUGGUCUCCAGUGGCAUGAGUUCGGCGCCCGCCACGGUUGCCAGCCCUGCUUCCCCCACCUUCACCUUUCCCGCCACUAGGCUCUUCUCACAUGACUCCAGCGCUAUUAAAUCGGGUCGCCGUUCCUCCUAUCUUCUAGCCAUCACCGCCGAGCGCUCCAAGUCCUGCGACGAGGGACUCAACGCCUUCCGGGACGACGGGCGAGUCUUCUCGAGGCUACCGAAGAGAGUCAAGAGCUUCUUCACUGACGGGUCUCUAGACAACCUGGGCACGGCAGAGGAGGUGCGCUCUAAACGUCACUCCACGUCCGAGUUGGGCACCAUCACCUACAGCGACGUGCGGCUGGAAGGAUGGCUGCACUUCAAGCAGAUCCUCACAGAAAAGGGCAAGAAGGUGGGCAGCGGCAUGCGCCCGUGGAAGCGUGUGUUCUCGGUGCUGCGCUCGCAGUCGCUCUUCCUGUACAAGGACAAGCGCGAGGCGGUGCUGCGCGGCGCCGAAGACGAGCAACCCAUCAGCAUCCGCGGCUGCUUGGUUGACAUCGCCUACAGCGAGACCAAGCGCAAGCACGCCCUCAGGCUCACCACGCAGGACUUCUGCGAGUACCUGCUGCAGGCCGAGGGCCAAGACCAAAUGUUGGACUGGAUCCAGGUCAUCAGGGAGAACAGCAAGACGGACAGCGAGGAGCUCGGCUUUUCCAGGCAGGCGCUGAUCAAUAAGAAACUGAAUGACUACAGGAAGCAGAGCCCAACAGGCAGUAAACCCGACUCUUCGCCCAGGAUGUCCCGCAUGAAGCCUCCCUUCCUCCUCGCCAAGACUGAGAACGCUUUGGGUGCGCCGCGCUCCCCCAAGCCAGAUGGCAAAGAAGAGAGCAGCCCCCCCAAGUCUCCGUGGGGAAUCAACAUCAUGAAGAAGACCAAGAAAGCUGGACCGAAAGCCUUUGGUGUCAGGCUGGAGGACUGCCUGCCGGGCGUCAACAACAAGUUCAUCCCGCUGAUCGUGGAGAUCUGCUGUGGCCUGGUGGAGGACAUGGGUCUGGAGUACACGGGCAUCUACCGUGUGCCCGGUAACAACGCCAUGGUAUCGCUGCUACAGGAGCAACUCAACAAGGGCGUCGACAUCAACCCGGCAGAGGAGAAGUGGCAGGACCUCAACGUUGUCAGCAGCUUACUGAAAUCUUUCUUCCGGAAGCUUCCGGAGCCUCUUUUCACCAACGACAAGUACAACGAUUUCAUCGAGGCCAACAGAAUGGAAGAUGCGUCGGAGAGACUGAAGACCAUGAAGAAGCUGAUUCGAGACCUUCCAGAUUAUUACUACCACACGCUCAAGUUCUUGGUGUGUCACUUGAAGACGGUGGCAGACCAUUCUGAUAAAAACAAGAUGGAGCCCCGUAACCUGGCUCUGGUGUUUGGGCCAACGCUGGUGCGCACUUCCGAGGACAACAUGAAGGACAUGGUCACACACAUGCCAGAUCGCUACAAGAUAGUGGAGACGCUCAUACAGCAUUACCUCUGGUUUUUCAGUGAGGAGCCAGACAAGGACGAAAAGACGCCAGUGGACACUGAGGACGUGCAGCCCGUCCCGAACAUUGACCACCUGCUUUCCAACAUCGGGCGGACGGCUUUGCUCGGGGACGCCUCAGACUCCACCAACAGUGACUCCGCGAAAUCCAAGGGCUCCUGGGGGUCCAAGAAAGACCUCACAGCCAAGGACUUUCUGACUCUGUCCAUCAUGUCGGCGGUGACGGGACGCAAGCGCCGCAAGCGUCACAACGCUCGGCGGGUGGGCAGCAGCACCGAUGACGACUCGGAGCACGACGCCGUCAAGGCGGAGGAGGGGGAGGAAGAGGAGGAGGAGGAAGAGGCGGGAAGCGGCAGCGCUCCUCAGGAGGAGGGCGAGGAGGAGGACGAUGACGAAGAUGAGGAGAAAGAGGAAGUUAAAGAAGAGGAGCAAGAGGCGGCGACAGCGGCGAAAUGCGGCAAGGAGGAAGAGGAGGUGGGAGGAAGGGCGGAUGCCCGCUCCAUCGUGUCGGGCUACUCGACGCUGUCCACUUUGGGCCGCAGCCUGGGGGCGGACGAUGCCGACGACGAGCACAGCGAGCUGGUGAGCGAGACGGACAACGAGAGCGGUUUCGCCUCGCGGGAACGUCCCGGGAAGCCGCCGCCUCUGCCUCCCAAACCCUCGUUUGGCGCGGCGGAGAGGGCCGCCGGCGACGGCGGCGGCGGGGCGCGCUCCACCACGCCAUCGUCCACGUCUUCGUCGCACAGGCUGCACUCGACCUUCAACUCGCAUAAGCUCAUCCAAUGCGACACCCUUGCGCGCAAGAAGAUGAAAGCUCGCUCGCUGGACCUGCUGGAGAUCGCCGACACCGGCCCCGGAGACGACGACACGCCCAGGACGAGGAGCCACACGUCAUCGGGGAGCAGCCAGGAGAAUCUGCGCAUAUCCCGGGCGAGGUUGACGGCCCCGCCCCCUCCCAGUGAAGCGGCGUCCUUCGCCCCCGCCGGCAAGUCCCUGCGCGCGCGGCUGCUGGGCUCGGCCGACGACCUGCGCAGCGUGGGCAUGCGCAAGCCGCUAUCGCCCGAGAGCCGCCGCAAGAGGCGCGCCUGGCGCCGACACACAGUGGUGGCGUCGCCCACCGAAGCGCCGAGCGACAAGCGGCCGCCGCUGGCCGCCGCAGAGUUUCCGCUCUCGCGCGUCAGCCCCAAAGAAGACGACGGCGUCCAACGAGGGUCUUCUGGCCAUCAAGCGCCCACGUCCAGGUUUCACCAGUACCUUUGAGUGGCAGUGGGCGGGGCGACGAUGCUCCUAGAAUUAGAAAAAAGGUGACGUCCAAUCGGGGCAAGACUGGAUCAUCCACUGAGGUGCAGUUCCCACUCAUUCGCAUCACAACCCAAACAUCACCACCGUGGGGCAAUGAUAGCAACAAGUGAGCGUCUUUUGCACGCUGGCCCGUGAUUGACAACUGCUGAUCCUGCGCAACUUGCUCGUCCACAAGAAGAUGAAGGGCAAUAAAAUCCAAGCUCAGAAAUCCCUGACGCCGCCCCGGGUGCCUCUGUCCCUCCAAGGGGCCGACGCGUUGUCAGGAAGCAACCGGGAAACUCUCGGCCUAUCCCGGCCCGGCUCAGGCUGCCCCACGCCCAGCUGCGGGUCAGCGCACUGGCUUGUUUUAGUUGUUUUGGUUUUUUUUUAAUUCUAAAUCCAUUGCCAAAGCUUUCUCAUUUUGUUACUUCAUGUAAUUGUGUAUUUUGUAGGGUGGAGACACACUCUGACCUCAUCAUCACCACCACCCCCUCCACUGCGCAAAAGUUUUGGGUCGCCACGAGACUUGUGUUUUAAUACCAUACGGACAUUUGAAUUUGUUUGGCGUUGAUGAGGCAAAAUGACCACCAGGGGGCGUCUCGUUGAGAUUCACUCUCAAAACCCUCGCGUAUUGAUGCAAGUAAUGUGAUAUCGAAUCGUUUCAUCCAACAAGAAAGGUCCUUUUGUUGCCAUUUUAGCAUUUACAAAAUGUUUUUAUUGCAUCGACAAUGUGUCUGACCAAAAAAAAAACAACAAAAAAGAUGAUACCAUCACACGUGUUAGCAUUAACCGCGCAGAAGCAUUCUUAAUUUAAGGCAGAAUUUCUGGAUUGUUUUAAAAACACAGUGUAACUGUCUUUGUUUUAUGUUUACUUUGACAGUUAACUUCAACUGGGAAUGGUCUGAAACAGCUUGAAGCCUGUUUUUUUUCCCCUUUCUUUUCAAGAAUUGUUCACUAUUUGCCAAACUGCUGCUUCUCGUGAAGUGAGUGGACUUCAGUGCCACUGCCCAGCACUCUUAUCUCAAGGCACCGCUUACUUAUGUUUGAACAUUAACACUGUGCUUAAAUAUAGGAACAUUUUAAGAAACAAGAGAAAAAAAAAACGCAUUUAAAGGAUGACUAUUCUAAUGCGCUCAGCUUUGAUGGUGGCCCAAGCCUUUUGCUCAGGAUCCCCAUUGUCUUUUCCCCCCGCAUGAAUUUUGGUGCUUUUUAUUGUUUGCUUGUUUGUUUUUGUUGGGAGAGAGGAAAAAAAUGUCAAAACGUAUCAUUUGAUCACGGUUGGCUUCUUUUCCUCCAUUUUUUUUGUUGUAACAUUUGUAUAAAGCCGUAUUAUGUUGUACAUAUGAAAGUUUUCUUUUUAACCUUAAUAAUAAUACUCCUUUUUUUUAAUGGUUUACAAACAUUUCCUUCUCCAGACACUACUUGAAACGUUCCCUUAAUAUAUUGUUUGUAUAAACAGUAUUAUGUGUAUUUUUUUUAUAUUGUGACGUCGCAGCUUACGAAGGCCUUUUUUGUGUCGGGAUAGUCGCUCGUCUUAGGUUUUACGUCAAAGCUUCCUGGUCACGUCACUUCAAACCUCACAACUUCCUUGCGUUCAAAUAAGUGCCUCCUUUCUGGAAUGUUCCGCAGUGCCAUGCUGGCUUCUUGUCCCCUCCUCCUUCCCCGGCUCGGUUCCAAAGACGUGUUCAAUGAAUUCAUAAGGGAAAAAAUUAAUAAAAAAAAAAAAGACAAAGAAAAAGCACACUAUGCACUCUCCCUUGUGGUGUAAACUAAAAGGUGUCGCUCAUGUUUUUGUACAUAGUAUGUAACAUUGUCCCUCUUGUGUGUACAUUUUUGGAAUGGCUUAUGAGUAUAACUCUGUUUAGCUUAUUAUUAUAUAUGAUGUAAAUAAACAUAAGUAUGUUUCAAAA